AUGACCAAGGGAUACAAAGUGUACAGGUAUAACAACACGUACCAUGUCCAGGUGUGCAACGAGCGCGUCCAUCCAUGGGGAUUGGGUCUAGAAAUACUCGCAGAGGUUCCCAGACAUCCCGAGGACUACGCAUCCUGGCUUGAAGCAACCAGAGCGACAUUGGCUGCAGCAGUCUCCGACUCCCAAGUUCCAUCUUCCGAGGAACUCGCGUCAUUGCCUUCAUUCGUGACAACCGACGAACCACACAACUCUCUGGAUGUCGAUUGGAUCUUUGAGUUGGACUUGGAUCACGAAGUCUUCCUGAUCGACUCACAGCCUUUCUUCAACCUUCGUAGUCUACCCCCUCCUCAAACCUUCCUAGCUGCCAUAUCAACUGACAACUUCGGACACCGCGCCCUCCACCCCCACACGCCACUUCAAUACCGAUACAACUGGGCGUCACCACCCGGCUCCAACCACCGUUCAACAUCCUCUCCUACGAACGCUCGAAUCCAAAGCCACGGUCAAGCCGACAUCGCUGACAUCCUCAACAUCCCUCGAACGCUGCAGAAAGCAGAAGACCUCACACUCUCACUCUUCUCCACGCUAGUCGGAUGUGCGAUGUACGACCACGACAUUGGUCGCCUCCUACGACGACUCGAUCUAGCUUCUGACGCAACACAAAUCACACCUGUACUGUCGAGUCUGGCUUUCGAUCUCGUCAACCUCUGCAUUUCUACUUUCAAUCAAGUUACGUCCGGUUCGUCGAUGGAUGGUGUGCCAAAGAGGGCGACGUUGCCGAUGGGAUGGGAACAAGAGGGUUACUGGCUUCGUCAGGAUGUCUUUCUCAAAUUGGCUACCCACCUCGAUGCCGAGGCAUGGAGGGAAGCGUGUAUCAUCAACAUGGUCAACCAAGUAUCAUCUCAUACAGAAAAGAUGGGGCAGCGCAUGUCAACGCCAUUCUACGUCAUCCUCUUUUCCCUAUUCCACUGCGUCAUCAUCCAAAUCUCGCAGGACGACAUCACAGGGAACUUCACCUACAUUUACACGCCUGCUCUCCCAUUCCUCCCCUCAUUCUACGCGCAAACGACCAUCACGCCAGGUAUAGAAACCCUCUCCCGCUUGGGGUUCUGGCUGAAUCGUACCGCACCUCCCCACUCUGUACAAGGUCCCCGCAACACCAAACCAUUGGUAUCUUCUACUGUGUCGAAGCUCCCAGUUGAGGUUUGGCUACACGUAGCAGAUUACCUAGGCAACUACGAGGAUCUGAAGAAGCUAGAAUAUCUCACUCCCCAGAGUCUCUCGGCCUCAAAGCGAGUCUUGCAAUACCCCCGCAUAGGAGGAUACCGCAUCACCUCCACUCUCUCAUCUUCACCCCCGUCCAACCCACUCUUCACAGCCUCGUUCUUAGCUGUCUCUGACGAAACGUCAGAGAGUGUCAAAGUCGAAAUUGGACCUGUUCUCUGCGACAUAAUCGUAGCUCCAUCACCGCCUUCCGAUUCCAAAGACCAACAACACACGCUCGACCUCACCUCUCACGAAUCCCCCUCAUUCCUAUGGUCCGCUUCCUACCAACUAACAUCUCCAUAA